CAACAACACCCUCUCCGGUCAUCUCUUUCUCAAAGUAUUUAUUCUUCAAUCCACAUCCCACCCACCCAUCGUCAUCAUGUCUUUCCUCUUCGGCGGUCCCCCCAAGAUGUCCUCGGCAGAGAAGAUUGCUGCCGCUGAGACCGAGGUCGAGAUGGUUUCCGACAUGUUCAACCGUCUCACCGAGUCUUGCACCAAGAAGUGCAUCCCCAACGACUACCGUGAAGGCGACCUGAACAAGGGCGAGUCCGUCUGCCUGGACCGCUGCGUUUCCAAGUUCUUCGAGGUCAACAUCAAGGUCAGCGAGAAGAUGCAGGGUGAGGCUGCCGGCAGACAGGGCCUGGGUGGCAUGUAAAGCGAAAAACGAGAGCUGUUCAUUUAAUCGGUUUCUUAUCAACGUGUAUAAUCUAUUCGGGUUUCAGAUCUGCCACGGCUGCUCUUCCUAAUGGUUUCUUUCGAGUUUAUGGCAUGACUGCGCGGAAGGCCUGGAGUGAUUGGGCCUGAUAGAUGGGAGGAGCAUCACUUGGGUUUGGAUAUACAUGGUUGUUUGGUCUUGGGCUGGUCUUGCGGUUAGUGAAGGCGGAUCUCGGUCUUUUGCAUUGCACGGUCAACGCGUAUUGCGCAAGUCUAUCUCGGAUAUUAUGUACAUUAGAAAUGAUAUGGGCAUUUACAAAGGUUGUUCUGGGAAACAGAAUCUCACGCAGUCGAGAAUCCUGUAACCCGUCCAAACCAGGAGAACCAGGAGUUGCUCUGCUUUUCUUGCUCGCCUCGGAUAAGCUGCUU